AUGGACAGCAACGCGGACAAGACUGUUUGGCACACUUACAAUGAACGAGCCGAUAUCGUGGACAGGGAACUUAUAAAAGACUGGAACGACAGUCUAAACACGCUACUAAUCUUCGGUGCCUUGUAUACUGCCAUCCUCACGGCUUUCAUCAUUGAGAGCAUGAAGCUGCUUGGGGAGGAUACGGGAGAGACAACUCGAGACAUUCUUCUGGUCAUUUCUCGUCAACUUGCAAAUUUUUUUUUGUGUUAA